AUGCAGAUGCAAACGAAUAUAGCAAUAGAGAUUGUAGAUUUACAGGUUGAAGGACACAGUGAUGAAGGGUGCCCAUAUGAUUAUGUUUCAAUAUAUGAUGAGAUAGAGAAGAGAUUUAUAGGAAGAUUAUGUGGACAUUUGAAUACUCAAACUAUUAAAACAAAUAGUUCUAAAGUACUACUACAGUUUGUUAGUGAUGGUAGAAAUAAUGACCGUGGAUUCAAAUUAACAUGGAAUCAAGUGCCAUCAGAACUUCGCAUACCAACUUGUGGGGGUUAUCUUAACAGUUCAUCUGCAGAUAUAUCACCUCCGAUCACCACCACUACCAAACUGUAUUAUCCCAAUACGGAUUGUGGUUGGACAAUCAUAGGAGACAACAGAUCUAUAGCUAUUGCCAACUUUGAAUUAUUUGAUAUAGAGUUCACUAGACUCUGUGAUUCUGAUUAUCUCGCUAUAUAUGAUGGUGUAAAUGAUACGGCUCCCCUAUUGGUAAAACUUUGUGGUCAUAUACUACCAGCUAGUGUUGUAGCUUCCUCGAAUUUGAUGUUUAUUAAGUUUCACUCUGAUAAUUCUACACAGGGAAAGGGUUUUAUUAUCCGUUAUGUAGGCAUAAUAACAGAAACUUCUACUGAUCCACCAUUGUUACAUUGUCCCAAAGAAAUAAAGGAUAUUUCUGGAGAAUCGGGACAACUGACAUCCAUAGGGUAUAGUGGUUAUCAAGCGUACAGUCCUAACCUAACCUGUCAAUGGCGACUAACUACAACACCUGGAAAAGUUUUAGUUUUACAGUUCAACGAUUUUGAGACAGAAUUUGAAGCUAAAUGUUCAUAUGAUUAUUUAGAAAUAAGAGAUGGUGCUGAUGCUUCAGGACGAAUAUUAGCUAGAUAUUGUGGAGUGGCACCACCACGAGAUGUUACCUCAACCAAAAAUAGUAUCUUCUUAACAUUUGUAUCAGAUGCUGCUGUUGGAGGAAUUGGAUUUAACUUCACGUAUUAUAGUAUCGAUCCUAAAGUACUAUGUAAGAGUAAUGAGUAUACCUGUAUGAAUGGUUCAUGUAUAUCAUCAACUGCUGUAUGUAAUAAUAUUACAGAUUGUACAGAUAAAUCAGAUGAAAUAUUGUGUGAUGCAGAUAAAAUCUGUGGUAAACCAACUAUAUCACCUAGUUUAGAGGGGCGGAGAAUAGUAGGCGGUGAAGAAGCAGUAAGGGGUAGCUGGCCUUGGCAAACAUCAGUUUUAUACCAGUCAGACCAUGUGUGUGGUGGAACACUGAUUCAUCCCUACUGGGUAUUAACAGCAGCCCAUUGUUUUGGGCGAAGUGACGUACCACGACAAUGGACGGUAAAAGUUGGUAAACACGCUAUACUUGUACCAGAACGCGAGGAACAGAUAAUAUUGGUUGCAGAUAUUAUAAAACAUCCUGAAUAUGAAUUGAGAUCGUCGUAUAGUGAUGUAGCUCUAAUUAAACUGUUAACUCCAGCUAAUAUUACAGACUGGGUUAACAUACCAUGUUUACCAAUAGCUCCUGUUUAUGUUGGUCAGAAGUGUUACAUUACAGGAUGGGGUGAAACUCAAGGUACUUGUUGUAACAAUGUAUUAAAACAAGCUAUGGUACCAGUUUUAAAUACCAGUAUAUGUAAUAGUCAAGAUUAUUACCAUGGUGACGUUCUAGAUACUAUGUUUUGUGCUGGUUAUUUUAAAGGACAGGUUGAUGCUUGUCAUGGUGAUUCGGGAGGACCACUAGUAUGUCAGUAUUCUGCUGGUCAGUGGUAUAUACAAGGUAUUAUAUCAUGGGGUAUAGGCUGUGCUGAUGCGAAAAAACCAGGAAUAUACACAAAAGUUUAUAAAUUUUUGCCAUGGAUACAAGAUAUCGUCUACCAAAGACCACAAUUCCAUACACAUUCUAAAAAUCCAUGAUUUAUAUAUUUGAAUAAAGAUAAAUAGUACCAUUGGACCAGUAUUGCGUCUUAAUGAAAAAAUACCGAUAUAAAUAAAAUGUUUACACUAGUUUGUGGGAAGUUAUUCUGCACGCAGUCGGACAGGCGCGUUUUAGUAACAAAUAAUUAGGAGGAUUUUUGGAAAAAAUAUUGGGAGUUGAUCGUAAAACAUUUACAUACUAUUAAAGAUGUCAUAUGCA